GGUGUGAGGUGUGAGGUGAGUGUGUCUUUUCCCUUUCCCAAGUCUGAUUGGUAGAAACGUGCUCCCCACUGCUCACUCCACCCACCCACACACACACACACACACACACUCACUCACACGUGCUUCCAUUUUCAUUUUUCGCCCUCGUUUGCCAAUUCCCGAAACCGCGCGUCCCUAGUUUUCACUCCGCCCCUAGCUGCUCCACCCACCUCCCCCAUUUUCCAUUUUCCCUCUCUCUGCGCAUCAUCAUGGCUACAGCUUCUUGUUCUUCCGCUUUCUCCCUCACCCGCUCUCGCCCGCAGGCCACGAACCCGCGCCCUCCGCUUCUCUCUCGGUGGCAGCUCCGCCACCAGCUCGGAGGUCCUUCCGCUUUCCACCUCCACACCAACAAGGGGUUUAGGGUUCAGACCUCGCCGCUCCCUCUCAAUGUUCUCUGCUUGCGCGAUUACGACGUAAAGACGGUCACAGGAGACUCGUGGGAACAAUUGAUUCUGAGCAGCAAGGUCCCUGUUCUUGUUGAAUUCUUCGCCAGUUGGUGUGGCCCCUGCAGGAUGGUCCACCGGGUGAUCGAUGAUAUCGCCAUAGAGUACGCUGGGAGACUCAGAUGCUUCGUUCUCAACACGGAUAAUGAUGCCCAGCUGGCCGACAAGUAUGAGAUUAAAGCUGUUCCAGUGGUUCUGCUGUUCAAGGAUGGGGAGAAACGUGAUUGUGUGGUUGGGACCAUGCCCAAGGAGUUCUAUGUGACUGCAAUUGAGAAGCUGCUGGAGUCGUAGUCACAUCCCAGUUCACACCAUUAUAGCAUCCUGGAAAGUUGAUGAUUUUUCGGUCUCCAUUUGUCUUCACAAAUUACAGGCAUUCACUCAUGAGCCCUCCACAGUGUACAUUCCUCACAUAUAUGCUUUACAAAUGACCACGGGAGGUGCUGUGGAAUGGCAGGAGCGUUUUGUUCCUCUUUGUGCAAAAUUGGACGUGUUUGUGUUGAAUUUUUUCGCCUUGGUUAUAUGGAGGGUUUCUUUUCAUAUAACAAUACAUUCUCAUUGGUAAUAUAGAGGGUAGUUUGGAUGA